AUGCUACCAGAUACAACUCUGGCCGUGGACAGCAUGCCCUGGCCAAUGGCUCCAGUUCAGGCUGGCUGGAAACUCCCGGCCGCCAGCUCCAGAGAGGGAACGUGUGAAACAGUCAAAGGAUGUGUGAACCAUGCGCCAGUCUUGGGGGGAGUUUCCCCAAACACAUCUAACACAUACAAAGAAAAAAGGAAGAAAGAACCAAACAGUAAACCACCACUGCCUUCAAGAAUGUGCUGUGGGAGCAGGUGUCCACUGCAGCCUCAUGAAGGCUCUGGGCUGAUAUCUCCCUGGGUGACCUUUGCUAACAGAGUAACAGUCUUCGGCUGUGCUCCCCCUGGGGAUGCUGUAAGAGGCUGUACCAUUGUUGAUAGCCAGGUGGAUCCAGUUGGAAAGAACAAUCCAAUUGGAAUGUGA